AUGGAUUCUUUACUGACAGCAGCUUCAACAACUUGUUCCUCAACUGAAAGAAUAAGCAAUGCUCUUGCGACACUCAGAAGUGAAAUGCUAGACCUCAGACAACAGGAUGGACAGUUGAUGAAACAGCUAUUGUGUAUCAACGAAAACAUCAAAAGCUUAUCUAAACGGAAGCCAGUUCAAAGAGGAUCUCUCAAGAAAAAAAUAAAUUUAUUAAAAGGACGACGGAGAUUCAUCAAUCGGAAUGACUCCAUUCCAGAAGAGGACAUUUCACUCAUGAAACAACGGGAAGAUCAAGAUGUCAUGACCAUUUGCAGCUUGAACACUACUUUGAGUGGAUCACUGUCCAGCAUCGAAGACGUAUCCAGCUGUAAAGAAGACUUGAGUAGUGCUGAUUCCGAUAGCGACGACAGUAUAUGUGGAAGAGAACCGAAUAUUUAG